AUGACCAAGGACGAUCGCAGUCGCGAAGUAUUCGCUAUUGCUACAUUAUUCUUUGUGCUCACAUGGACGACUGUCGCCCUACGAGUCUAUGUUCGCGCAAUAUUGAUGAAGACAUGGGGAAAGGAUGAUUCUUUCAUGGUUGCAUCACUAGCGGUCUUCACCCUGUACCUGCCAUGUCAGAUCGUUGCUGCGAUACAUGGAACCGGACGGCAUCGGUGGGACUUGAGUGACAGCGAUAGAAAGACAGCACUUAUGUUCUGGUACUUGUGUGAGCUUUUCUACGUGAUAGCGAACUGUCUGCUCAAAUUUGCUAUUGGUUACUUCUACCUCAGAGUCGCGAUCGAGCGCUGGCAUAUCUGGUGCAUCAGACUGCUAAUGCUAGGUACGGUGUUGUGCGGUCUCAUCUACCUCUUUCUAGUUAUGCUCCAGUGCCUGCCCAUCUCUGCAUUUUGGAACGAGCAUCCGUCUUCAAGCAAGUGCAUAGCAAGAGGGCCAACCUUGGGCAUUACCUAUGCGCUCGCCACCGUCAAUGCACUCGCCGACUGGGGAUUCGGUCUGCUUCCUUUCUUCAUUGUUUGGGGUUUAGACAUGAAGAUGAACACAAAGUUACUGGUUGCAGGUAUCCUUGCAUUCGCUGCAAUUGGUAGCACCGGUACUGUCAUUCGUAUGGGGUAUAUUCACACGCUCGUAGAAGGACCCGAUUUUCUAUAUGCUACUACUGACAUUGCUUUGUGGAGCACGAUUGAACCGGGGAUUGGAAUCACAGCGGGUAGCAUAGCCACAUUUCGUCCGCUCAUUCGCCACUGUCUAUGGAAAAUGGGUUUGGGCGAAGCACCUCGCCACGAACGAGGUCGUAGUUACUAUCCCACUAAUAUUGGCCGGAAGCGCAAAGAUCGUCGCGGGUAUCGACGCAGCCUGAGUCCUUCUGACUUGGUGCCUACCGAUCUGGGCGGCAUGACUUCUAUACGGAUCCACGGACCUCAAGAUAUAGACCUUGAAAGCAACCUGUCUCUGCCCAAGAUCAUUGUUACAGACGAGAAUACGCCACAAACUCCCGAGGGUCAGAUAGUCCAUACUGUGACGGUCCAGCAACAAUAUGAGGGUCCGCCAAAGCUUCAUCUGCGCGACAGCUUCAGAAACAGCUUUACUCGCGGGAGCAUUCUAAGCCUUGGCAAGUUUCGCAUACCCGAUUGA